AUGGAUAUUGGGAACUUAAAUGUGCUUUACUCAAAUCUGAGUCCUUAAUCCGUCGUUUUACCCCAUCUCAUGAUUCGAAGGCGAACUAGGGGCUGACAAGGGCGCGACUUUGGCCUAUAAAGUGGCUAGUGAGUGGGCAACGCUAGUUGAGCUUUUGUUAUUGUGAUCCUACUCAUUGUGAGAGAAAUGAAAAUUGUGAGCAAGCGAUGGAGUGAGUGAUCCGUGAGCCAAAUACAACCAGAUAUUAUUGACUCGUAGCGCGGUGAAGGCGAAUCGAAAACGAGGACUGGCCACGAAUAUCGGCACGCGGUCUGAUCUCGUAUCUGGGCGAUCGUGCGGGUGGUUAGUUCGAUCCGGCCUGGGAUUGCUCGAUUGUGUGAUUGCUUGAUUGGUGGGCGGCCAGCAUGAAUAAUGGCUUGGGCGGGCCUGCGGGGGUCCGGGGGGUUCGGGGGUUCGGCGGUGGUGUGUCAGAUCCCGGAUUGCACCACCACCCAAGGCGAGAUCGAAGUGGAAUUGAACCACUUCCUGGCCUCGUAUUGUAGCAUUUGCAAGAAGGAUCGGGGCGGGAAAUUGUGCGGGUGCGCCUUUCCGUGCUCGCUGACGUUUCGCUCGCAAAUGCUCCUCAGAUCCACGAUCUGCUCCAAAUGGAAAAACCCGCCAAACGAAAAACCAUUCAGGUGUGCUUCAAGCAUCCCGACUUGUUGAAGCAAGCGAGAGAGGCGUGUGUGGCGCGUCGCGAAGACGGUCGCCCGCCCCAUCCGUCGCCUCAUGACGCCGAGCGAUCCGAUCCUCUGCCCCUACGCCCCCGAUUGCCCCGUGAGACCGAUGUGUUUGCGCACACCGAGGUCAGUGGGGUCAGUCCCGCGGCCACGACCCACGUAUUAUGCCAUCCUUUGCCCUAUCCAACCGCCCCGCCCCCCGUCCCGGUCGAGCGGAAAGGUCUGAUCCCCUUGCCCCCUUUGGAGGUGUUGAAUCCCACCGAGCCCACAACGCCGCCCAAAGUCAUGUGUAUUCAGUUUGACGACAACGACAUCGUCGAUGACUCGACCGGCUUUCAGGCCGAGCCCGCCAUCCCGGAUUGCACCACCACCCAAGGCGAGAUCGAAGUGGAAUUGAACCACUUCCUGGCCUCGUAUUGUAGCAUUUGCAAGAAGGAUCGGGGCGGGAAAUUGUGCGGGUGCGCCUUUCCGUGCUCGCUGACGUUUCGCUCGCAAAUGCUCCUCAAGAUCCACGAUCUGCUCCAAAUGGAAAAACCCGCCAAACGAAAAACCAUUCAGAGGAACUAA